AUGCAGCUGCCGUUCGGUAUGAUUCCCCAAGUCUACCUCAUGGAUCCGCCGCCGGGAUAUACACGACAACCAGAAAACCCGCCCAGUAGCGCUGGCGGUGUCAUUCCCGCCGGUGCUACUUUGACGGGUUUUGCGCUUAUCAUUGUUAUCAUCCGGAUAUUUACGAGGAAAUGGGUUGUUAAGGGACCUUUGGGGGCUGAUGACUAUCUAUGCAUAGCGAGUAUGAUAUUCUCUUUUGGCUUUUUGGCAGCUACACUUACACUCCUUACCCUCGGUGUUGGAAAUCACAUGUGGGAUAUCACCAUACUUGAAUACGUCCCCAAAUUCUGGCAAACAAGCACAGCAGCAAACCUCAUCUACUGCGCCACAAUCUCCCUUUCCAAACUCUCCGUCCUCUCUUUCUACCUCCGAAUCUCCCCCGACAAAUUCGUCCGUCGAGCCGUCUACGGCACCAUGGCUCUCGUCUGCGCCUACAGCUUCACUUACGUUAUAAUCGUCAUAUUCCGCUGCUGGCCCAUCUCCGCAGGUUGGGAUCCUCUGCAGCAGGACAAGUGCUAUUCUCUUAGUAUUCUUGUUAUAUACCUCGUCACAUGCAGUGUUGUGGUUGAUGCUUUUCUCAUGAUUAUUCCCUUCCGCAUCGUUCAACCGCUGCAGAUUCCUAGACGACAGAAGGUUGGACUUGCUGUUCUUUUUGCUACGGGUGGUUCUAUCAUUGUUGUUACCAUCCGCAGACUUACCAUCACGCUUCCCAUGCUCAAGACUAUCGACUACACAUGGCAUCUCCCACCGCAACUCAUUCUGAGUUUCAUCGAAGUCAAUCUCAGCAUCGUAGUCGUCUCAAUCCCUGCCCUCAAGCCCUUCUUCAAGCGCUACAUUCCCUUCCUCAUUCACUCAGGCAUGCGUUCUUCGCCCAAGGCCUCCAAGAACAGCAGUCACCGAGAGAAAAACAAGAGUAACCCCACCGGCAGCGACGAGUCAUAUGAGUUGACCAACAGAAAGACAUCUGGCCACAUGGAUGACGAGACAAGAUUAUGGUACCGUGAUCCUGAGCAGGGUCUUCCUAUCGACGAGGAGUCAAGACCAGAGAGCAUUGACAGCGCUGGUGAUAGACUACCAUCUUUAACGCAAAAGCCAGAGCCAGCUGUGGUUAGUUUCAGCACGAAACACAGCAGCAGUGUGGGCGGCAUUGAAGUUAGCAGAGAAACAGUCGUUACAUACGGUCAAGCCGUAUAG